AGUUGCGUCAUAUGCAGGGUGUAACUCUCAAUUUUCACCACAAGGUGUCAGCAAAUCACCAUCCUUUUUUUUUUUUUUUUUUACUAAACAUGCUCGUGAGUGUCUCCUGCCCUCAGCAGUGAGCUCUAGCAUGUUGUCCACAUGUACAGUAGAUGUGAUGAUGAGGUGAAUACUGUGUGAUGAGUGGAGCCAUAUUGUAUUUACCUGGACAACCGCAGAAUGAUCCAGCAUGUGUGUUAUCAUCUAUAAAGUUUUUUUUUUUGGAGCAGCCAGUUAAUUCAAAAAACGAGCAUGCACCAUAGGUCUUUAAGUGGGAAUUUGUUUAAGAUAUACACCAUGCACUAAAGAAGAUAAAAACAUAAUAAUAAUUUUAUUACUCUACUUGCAUAUCAAAUUCUGAUCUGUUGUUGGACAUAUUUCUAACAAACAAAUAAACUUGAUGUGAUAUGUAUUUGUCAGUCAAACAGAUGAAUCAAGUAAGAAUGAGAGCACUAUUUAACCCAAUGUGCUUAAAUGCUUAACACUAUUGUGUGUUUGGUUCCUAUAGGCCUCCCAGGUUAUAGAUAUAGCCUACUGAUGGCAUUUUGGAGCGCAGAAACAAACACACUUGAUGUGUGAAAGCUUGAUGUGACUCAACAAGCGCAGGGAAAACAUCAACAUUUAUGCAAAGCGUAUCUUGUGUCUGGCCAGCCCCUGGUCUCAAUUGAAACAACGGCUUCCCUCGUGGAGGUUGCACGGCCUGGGCUGACCCGGGACUGCUUGGGGGUCAUGAACACACAUGAGUUGCAAUGGAAGCUUUGUUUAGGGAGAGGCAGUCCCGACUCCUGGCGACUGACCCCUUGACCGCACCAUCAGCUCUUUGCCCCAGUGCAGAGUGAGACCCUCCCCUGCUUCCACCACCAGCAUCCUCUGGUGCUCCACGGGCCGAUUUAUACAUCACUUCUGGACUAUAGACACGCUUGCUCCCUAUUUCGCACAUGGCCCUUUGUGCGUAAAACCCCCGCGCGCGCACCGCACCGUCUUUCCACCAUCACUCGCGCAGAAACAAAGUCACACACAAUAAAGCCUCAAGUAGGAUACAUAUAUAUGUAUAAGCACAUGUUUCCAAUCAAAUAUAAUUACGAGUUCUGAUCGGGGUUGCUUCUACUGACUUUUUAAGCUGCUGAUUAAAUCUAAACCCAUAAAGUCGCGUACAGUUUGCCCGUGCACUUUCGCAGGCUGCGGGGGUGUCGUGUCGUGAGUUUCAGAUGCUGUGAAUAAUAGAAGGCGCUCUUGGUGUGGUGUCCUCCCCCCUCCCCAAAAAAACCCCUCCAUCAUUACCAAGUCAAUGGAGGGAGGCAGAGCGCGCUCAGCCUCCGCGAGUCCUUUUGGCUCGUAAAGAUCCCACAGCUGCGGCGAGGGAGCACAUAGGUGAGCGCCAGUCCGCAGCCAGUGUGUCACCCGCCGGCUCAGAGAGAGAGGGAACCCGGCAUGUGAUGGAUCUGUCACUUUUGGUCACUGGCGGUCGUUUCCGCGCGGGAGACGCUUUACGCGCCGUUUGAGUUUAUCCGAGACCGUUUGGAUUUUGUUAGAUGCGGGGUUUUUUUUUGUUGUUGUUAUUUUUUGUUGCUUUGUAGACUUUGUAGAAUUGUGCUCAUGAAUGAACUUCGCCACUAAUUCAACCUGAGUCUAAUCCAAGAGGAGGAAAAUGGAUAGUGUCAUUUUUUCUUUCCUCCUAAUAUUUAUCCGAGGGGCUCACACAUUGCGUUAUGGCAACGCCAACAACCUGCAACCCUAUAUGCCCAACGUGUGCUUGGAGAGGGAGGUGACACUGGUCGCCCACAGGCAGCCGUGUGUGCAGGCCUUCACACGCAUGGUUAAAGUGUGGAAGCAAGGCUGUGUGGGGCAGUCAUGGUGCAUGGGAUACGAGAGAAGGACGGCGUACUACACAGCGUACAGACAAGUGUACAGGCAGGAUUAUGAGACUGUGUACAAGUGUUGCCCUGGAUGGUCCCAACUUAACGGAGAAGCGGGUUGUCUUUAUCCUGUGUGUAGCUACGGGGUGUGCUUCAAUGGAGGCAAGUGUCGGCAGGGAUCCACCCAGCUCUGCGACUGUCCUGCAGGGUUCAACGGACCCAGCUGCCAGUACGAUGUGAAUGAGUGCGAGGAGACCAAUGGAGGCUGUGAGGCUCUCUGCUGUAACACCAUCGGAAGUUUCUACUGCAGGUGUCCUUCCGGACAAAUACUGAGCGAAGACGGCAAAACAUGUCGAGAUAUUGAUGAAUGCCAGGUCCACAAUGGAGGCUGCCAGCACAGAUGUGUUAACACCAGGGGCUCCUACUACUGUGAAUGCCUCCCGGGCUCGCGUCUGCACGUGGACGGCCGCACCUGCCUUGCGGUCCACUCAUGUGCCAUCAGCAACGGUGGAUGUGAGCACUACUGUGUGCAACAGUCUGCCGCUCAUUUCCGCUGCCGCUGCAAGCCAAAUUACGUGCUGGCAGGGGACGGCAAGCACUGCAAACUGCAGAACCCCUGUGCAGAUCAGAACGGAGGCUGCAUGCACGCUUGUCGGGUCGACGGGGGCAAGGCCCACUGCGACUGUAAAGUUGGUUACAUCCUGGCUGAAGACGGGAAAACCUGUGAAGAUAUUGACGAGUGUGAGCUGGAAGACGCCAACUGUGCUCACGGCUGCCACAACACUCUGGGCUCGUACGCCUGUGUUUGUAACACGGCCUACGAGCUGGGGUCUGAUGGAAAACAGUGUUACAGGAUCGAGAUGGAGAUCGUGAACAGCUGUGAGAACAACAACGGCGGCUGUUCGCACCACUGCCAGCAUUCAACCGGCGGGCCUGUCUGCUCCUGUAACCAUGGUUACAGGCUAGAUGACGACCUCAGAACCUGCGUUGACGUCGACGAGUGCGGAGAGCUGAGCUCCUGCUGCGAGCAGGACUGCACCAACUACCCCGGGGGUUACGAAUGCUACUGCUCGGCAGGAUACCGGCUCAACUCAGACGGGUGUAGCUGCGACGAUGUAGACGAGUGUCUGGCCGGCAAUGGCGGUUGUGAUCACACGUGCCAGAACAGCGCCGGUUCCUUCCAGUGUUUCUGCCGCCGGGGUUUCCGUCUGGACGAGGACCGGCAAUCCUGCAUCCCGUUGGAGGAUGCAGUGGAGGCCCUCUCCAGCGGGGGUCCCAUCGAGCUGCCGCUCAUCCGCCCCCAGCUCACCUUGCUGCAGGACUACAGCCAACCUCUGGAGCGCUAUGACGACUACGAGGACGACGAGGGGGAGCUGAGGGCCGAGAGCAACCUGGCAGAGAAAUUUGUGUGUUUGGACGACACCUUCGGGAACGACUGCAGUUUGACUUGUGACGACUGUUCCAACGGAGGCAAAUGUAAUGUGUGGAAAAAUGGCUGCGACUGCCCCGAUGGAUGGACGGGCAUCGUCUGCAACCAGACGUGCUCCGAGGGACACUUUGGCAAAAACUGCUCCUUUCACUGUAAGUGUAAGAACGGCGCCAACUGUGAUCCGGUCACCGGCAGCUGCCGCUGCCCGCCGGGAGUCAGUGGAGACUUGUGCCAAGAUGGUUGUCCGAAGGGCUCCUAUGGGAAGCAAUGCAACAAGAAGUGUAACUGUGCGAAUAACGGGCGCUGCCACCGAACCUACGGAGCGUGUCUGUGUGACCCCGGACUGUACGGACGCUUCUGUCACCUCCCUUGUCCUAAGUGGACCUUCGGACCGGGCUGCUCGGACGAGUGUCACUGUGUCCAGCAGAACACUGUGGAGUGUCACCGUCGCCACGGCACCUGCACCUGUAAACCUGGUUACCAGGGCAACGCGUGCAAAGAAGAAUGCGACCCAGGUACGUACGGAGUCGGCUGUGAGAGGAAGUGCUCCUGUCCACCAGGGGUGUCCUGCGACCAUGUGACCGGAAAGUGCCAACGAAAGUGUCCCGCCGGUCGUCAUGGGGAGAACUGUGAUCAAGACUGUCCGGAGGGAAAGUUCGGACCAGGCUGCGUUCACGCUUGCAACUGCACCAGUGCCCCGUGUGACGCGGUGACGGGACAAUGCAAGUGUCCGGCAGGGACGUCGGGACACCACUGUGAGAACUUGUGUCAGGAGGGAUUUUGGGGACCAGGUUGCAGGGACACCUGUCCUGCGUGUGAGAACGGCGGCUCGUGUGAUAAACACAAUGGAUCGUGUAACUGUCCUCCAGGAUUCAUGGGACGACUCUGCCAAAACUCUUGCCUGAGUGGACGUUUCGGUCAAGGGUGCCAGAUGAAAUGUGUGUGUGAGAACAAUGCACACUGUGACCCAGUGAGUGGGCGGUGUACCUGCGCUCCCGGCUGGACUGGACACAACUGCAGGAAAGUGUGUGACGCAGGACACUGGGGAGUCGACUGUGCAGGAACCUGCGACUGUCGAAACGGAGACGGCAGCUGCGACGCUGUGACGGGCCAGUGCAACUGUGAGGCUGGUUACACUGGAGCGCGCUGCCAUCAGAAGUGUCCAGCAGGUAUGUUUGGUCUCGGUUGUCGCCACCGGUGUCAGUGUGACAACAAGGCCUUGUGCGACCACGUGAGCGGAGCUUGUACCUGCCAGGUUGGAUGGACAGGAACCUUCUGCGAAAAGCCGUGUCCUCAGGGUUUCUAUGGGCUGGACUGUCAGGAGAAGUGUUUGUGUCUGAACGGCGGGAGCUGUGACCAUGUCAGUGGAGUUUGUUCCUGUCCCGCGGGCUGGAUCGGUCCAUUCUGCAACCUGACGUGCCCGGCCGGGUUCUAUGGGGAAGCAUGUAACCAAACCUGUGGCUGUGGCAACAAUGGCGCCUGCCACCCUGCCAGUGGGCAGUGUGUGUGCCCGCCGGGCUGGACCGGACCCAAAUGCACAGAGGAAUGCCCUGCAGGGUUUCAUGGAGCCGACUGUCGGCAGCGCUGCUUGUGUCAGAACGGAGCCACCUGCAAUAGGACCAGUGGAAAGUGUACGUGCGCCAGUGGAUGGACGGGCACAGCCUGUGAACUGGAGUGUGUAGCGGGUCGGUUCGGGGCGGACUGCCAGCAGCAGUGUGAAUGUGAGAACGGCGGCCAGUGCGACCGACAGACCGGACGGUGCGGCUGCCGCGCCGGCUGGAUCGGAGAGCUCUGCGAGAAAGCGUGUGAAGCGGGCCGGUUCGGUUCUGGCUGCGAGGAGAGAUGUCGCUGCUCGCACGGCGUUGCAUGUCACCACGUCACCGGAGAGUGUCAGUGUCCUCCAGGGUGGAGAGGGAAACUCUGUGACAAAGCGUGUUUGCCAGGUACAUAUGGGAGGAACUGUGUGCAGCAGUGCAGCUGUGCUCAGGGAACUUCCUGUCAGCACAUCUCCGGAGAGUGCGGCUGUCCUCCUGGAUUCACCGGCAACGGCUGCGAGCAGACUUGUCUUCCAGGGACAUUCGGGCAGAACUGUAACCACGUCUGCCAGUGCUCCGAGACAAACCAGCUCUGCCACCCAGUGUCUGGAUCUUGUUACUGCGCCCCAGGGUUCCAGGGUCCCAAAUGUGAGCAGGAAUGCGGAGAGCGUCGCUAUGGUCCCAACUGUGGACGAGAGUGCGAGUGUGAAAACGGAGGGAAGUGCGUCGCCUCCACCGGAGCCUGUGAAUGUCCAGCGGGAUUCAUCGGAGCGCGCUGCAACAUCACAUGUCCAGCCGGGCGUUACGGAGUCGACUGUGCUCUGGCGGCAACGUGCGGAGACGGAGCCCAGAACGACCCGGUCACCGGUCGGUGUGUGUGCGUCCCUGGACGAAGAGGAGGGAACUGUGGACAUGGCUGCUCUGUGGGAUGGUUCGGGGCGGAUUGUGUCCAACGUUGUAACUGCAGCAACGGAGGCGUGUGUGACUCGGUGACCGGCAACUGUACCUGUGGUCUGGGCUGGACUGGUGCGCACUGCGACAGAGAAUGUCCCGUGGGCAGAUUCGGGGCCAACUGCCAGCUGACGUGCAACUGUCAAAAUAACGGCACCUGCGACAGAGUGGCGGGGGCGUGUCGGUGCGGUCCCGGCUUCUACGGACAUCUGUGUGAACAUGCCUGUCCUCCAGGUCUCCACGGUCCUCUGUGCCAGCUGCAGUGCGACUGUAUGAACGGAGCCCCAUGUCACCCCGCGUCGGGACACUGUCUCUGUCCUCCAGGAUAUUACGGAGGCCGCUGCCACAGAGUGUGCGAGCAGGGCACUUUCGGUCAGGGCUGUGCCAAGGUGUGUGACUGCGACGACGACUGUCCGUGCGACCCGGUGACGGGACGAUGCCUCUGCUCCUCCGGGAAGACGGGAACCAGAUGUGACAUCGACUGCAGAGCUAAUCACUACGGGCCCGACUGCGCCGAGACCUGCGAGUGUCAGAACGAAGCACGGUGCGACCGACGCAACGGCCGCUGCAGCUGCGUGCACGGCUGGAUCGGACUGUCCUGUCAGGAAGGGGGACCCCCACACCUCACCUCCGGGAGCAGCAGAGGACUCUCACAACACAACAACUCAUUAUAGCAGCUCCCAUCCACCUGAACGACUCCAACCAAAACCUGGGACACAUCAAUCUUUUACUGAAAUGACUCGAGUCGUGUGAAAUCUUGUGGUAGGAAGUUGGGGCAGCUGGAGGACCUUCAUGGAAAUAGACUCUCUGAUGAUGAGAACUGCGAUCCCAUGUUUCGGACCGGAGCUGGACGAUACUUCAUUUUUAUAUUUGCACGCCAACGUGUCCUUGUGAACCGAUUGACAUUCUGGCGUGAGCCUGACCUGUCACCGGUACAUUGAGAGUUUCUUGUACAUACAUUUAAUACCACGACCUCACGAUAAAAACACAUUCCUGGAAUUUUCAUUUAAAAUCGCUUAAGAUUACACAGCUAGAAUUCCUUCUGUCUAAAUAUGUUCCCCCUUUGAGUUGAUUCUGUGUAUAGGUUGCUUCAUAUUUAUAUUUAACAGUUAAAUAUACUGCAAAUGUAAAAUAUUUUGUUUCCCACUGGAUAAAAAAAAAUACCAUGCAGUUCUGCCAAAUCUACAGUCCAGUGAACGAUUAUUUUUUACACAUAAAUGCCAAUAAAGACAGACACAUCAA